CAGUUACUGAAGGUUUGGCAGAAACUACAACUAAUGCAUCAAUAACUGAAGGUAUGACAGAGGUUACAACUUAUGCAUCGGUGACUGACGGUAUGACGGAAGCUACAACUAAUUUAUCAGUUACUGAAGGUGUGACAGACACUACAACUAAUGCAUCAGCGACUGAAGGUAUUACAGAAGCUGCAACUAAUGCAUCAGUGACUGAAGGUUUGACAGAAGCUACAAGUAGUGCAUCAGUGACUGAAAGUGUGACAGAAGCUACAACUAAUGCAUCAGUGACGGGAGGUGUGACAGAAGGAACUACUAAUGCUUCAGUGACUGAAGGUGUCACAGAACCUAUAACUAAUGCAUCAGUGACCGAAGGUGUGACAGGUACAUCUUCUGAUGCUUCAGUGACUGAAAGUGUGACAGAAGCUACUACUAAUACAUCAGUGACUGAAAGUGUGACAGAACUUGCUACUAAUGCAUCAGUAACUGAAGGUGUGACAGAAGCAACUACUCAUGUAUCAGUGACUGAAAGUGUGACAGAAGCUACAACGAAUGCAUCAGUGACUGAAAGUGUGACCGAAGCCACAACUAAUGUAUCAGUGACUGAAGGUGUGACAGAAUCUACAACUAAUGUAUCAGUGACUGAAGGUGUAACAGAAGCUACAACUAAUGUAUCAGUGACUGAAAGUGUGACAGAAGCUACCACCAUGUCAAAUGAAACGCCCUAUAGCUCAAGCUUAAGGAUUACGAAUACGAACUGGACUAAUGACCUUGCUAAUGAGUCCAGUGCUGCUCACAUAGCUUUGAGAAGCGAGACAGUUAAUGAGCUGACAAGUGCUUACAAAAGAAGUCGUCUGUCUCCAUUAUUCUUGGGAGUAAACAUCCUGCAAUUCACUCAAGGGAGUGUACGAGUGUCUUAUAUAUUGUUGCUGAGUAACCCUGUGAACACAACAGAGAUACGAGAAGCCUACGAAGAAGCGACGAACAAUGGAACAAUACUUGGCCGUUUUACUACUGAUCCAGCUGAUAAUGACUUCGUGUAUAUCCCGCCAACUAUACCAACAACAUCAGUGAUGAGUACCAUCAAACCGGAUCCCGUGGUAGAACCAAAUCGGGCAUUCCCAAACUGGGCAAUUGCACUCAUAACAGUAGGGGCAAUCAUUGUCCUCUUCGUUAUUAUCCUCGUGAUCAUGUUCAUGUGUAGCAGAAAGCGUAAACAAGCCAGACAAGAGCACCCACCCGUGGAUGACACCUAUCAGACAGGUACCAAUGGGGAGUUUGAAAACCCAUACUUCUAUAAAAAGCACGGUGCGUCCGACCAGUGGCUACCUGACGAGGAAGCAAAUGUUGAAAUGAAGGAAAAUACUGAAAUGACACAAUUCUCGACCUUCCAACCACAAGAUGAUAACAAUAGAACGACGAGUAUAGAAUAUACAAAUGAGGGAAAUGGAAUACAUGUACACACGCAGGAUCGUUCCACAGACAACAUCCCCGGCGUCCAUGUUGGGGCCACUAUUAAGGGUCACUUAAAGAAUAUAGAAAGGAUACCAACUACGACGUCACUUGAACCAAAGCACGUACAGUGUAGUAAGAUCGUCAUGUUUUAUGAUGCAACUACUAAGACUGUAUAUGAUGAAAUCAAUGGAACAUGGGAAACGUAUCUUUAACUUAAUCACGCGAAACUGUGAGACCCUCAACUUCAAAUAGGAGUUAACCCCUCUCUAAUUGAAUAUGGAACAGUGUCUUUUAAGCUGGAUUAAAUAAGCAAAGAACCAUAACCUAUUUUUAAAAUGUAAAAUUUACCAAAACAUAUACAUUUUCUCUUUAGACGUAUAGGGUGAUUCAAAACAAAACAUUACUCAUCCGAGAUUCUCACAAUGACAUCAACCUAUUUUAACGCCCAUGGUCUUAUAAAUGAGAGAUCAAGUACUAUUUCUACACCCUACUUUAAUUUAUAAACCAUUGGUCUCAGUGCAAGAAUUAUUUCCUUUAACAAAUUUCUUUGACGUCAUUGUACGAACUUGCAUUUUGUAAAUAGGUUUAUCAUAGCUGGCCUAUGUAUACUGAAGAUGAUGAGAGUUUUAGAAAGCAACAAUGUUAACAUUUCCAUUAUUUCCAGGUGUUAAAUCAUGAGUUAAACUUGUAAAACAUUUUUUAUUGUCUCUGUUUGAAUAUUUAACAACUUCUGAAUUGUGCGACAUCUAUACAUAUAUAAUGUCAUAUCUAGACAUAUGUAGGACCGAUGUUGUUUCAUUCACACUGCAGGACAGCUGUGUCAUUCGGUAUUUGUACAUUUAUAUAUCAUUGUAUAUUGUGGUGUAAAUACUAUUAUAUCUAUCAUGUUUGUAUAUACGUAUGUGUAUACGAUGUACAUGCCAUACUCAGCAAAACCACUGACAUUGUUUCCGAAGGUGCUAGUUUUCUUACAUUUGGUGCCCAUUUAGUAUACAAUUAAUGAAUAACAAUGACUGAACUACUAGACUAUACUGGGAAAGUGUUCACAGCAUAACUUAUAUGCAUUGUAUGUUAAUGUUCAUAAUAGUUUUGUUUCAUUUAAAUACC